AAGUCUAGUAGACCCAGGACUGGGACCCCUAACCUCACAGGUUAGUUCAACUCUAGUUGACCCAGGAAUGGGACCCCUAACCCCACAGGUUAGUUCAACUCUAGUAGACCCAGGAAUGGGACCCCUAACCCUAACCUCACAGGUUAGUUCAACUCUAGUAGACCCAGGACUGGGACCCCUAACCCCACAGGUUAGUUCAACUCUAGUAGACCCAGGACUGGGACCCCUAACCCCACAGGUUACUUCAACUCUAGUAGACCCAGGACUGGGACCCCUAACCCCACAGGUUAGUUCAACUAUAGUAGACCCAGGACUGGGACCCCUAACCCCACAGGUUAGUUCAACUCUAGUUGACCCAGGACUGGGACCCAUAACCCCACAGGUUAGUUCAACUCUGUGGUCCUUCUGUAGCUCAGUUGGUAGAGCAUGGCGCUUGUAAAGCCAGGGUAGUGGGUUCAAUCCCCGUGACCACCCAUACGUAGAAUGUAUGCACACAUGACUGUAAGUCGCUUUGGAUAAAAGCGUCUGCUAAAUGGCAUAUAUUAUUAUUAUUAUAUUAGUAGACCCAGGAAUGGGAUCCCUAACCCCACAGGUUAGUUCAACUCUAGUAGACCCAGGACUGGAACCCCGAACCCCACAGGUUAGUUCAACUCUAGUAGACCCAGGACUGGGACCCCUAACCCCACAGGUUAGUUCAACUCUAGUAGACCCAGGACUGGGACCCCUAACCCCACAGGUUAGUUCAACUCUAGUAGACCCAGGAAUGGGACCCCUAACCCCACAGGUUAGUUCAACUCUAGUAGACCCAGGACUGGGACCCUUACCCAUCUCCCCACAGGUUAGUCCAACUCUAGUAGACCCAGGAAUGGGACCCUUACCCAUCUCCCCACAGGUUAGUCCAAGUCUAGUAGACCCAGGACUGGGACCCUUACCCAUCUCCCCACAGGUUAGUCCAAGUCUAGUAGUCCCAGGACUGGGACCCCUAACCCUAACCUCACAGAUGCCUUAUUGCAGCCGUACAGUGUACUACCAUCAGCAGGCUCCCGUGUCCCCUAGCCGCUACUGCUCAGAGGAAGAGGGACCUGGGGGCCACAGCCCCACCCUGGAGGUGUCUGAGGGAGAGGAGGACUACGGAGACCAUAUCCCCUCUGGGGGAGACUCCAGUAGCAAGAGGAAGAUCCGGCUGUACCAGUUCCUCCUGGAUCUGCUGAAGAAAGGAGACAUGAAGGAUAGCGUGUGGUGGGUGGAAAGAGAGAAAGGAAUCUUCCAGUUCUCUUCUAAACACAAGGAGUCUCUGGCCAAUCGAUGGGGCAUGCAAAAAGGAAACAGGAAGAAGAUGACCUACCAGAAGAUGGCCAGGGCCCUGCGGAACUACAGCAAGACGGGAGAAAUCAAAAAAGUCAAGAAGAAACUGACCUACCAGUUCAGUUCAGAGGUACUGAGGAAAGUCUCAACUACAGAGAGGAGGCACUUCCCUCACUAAGGAUACCAGAGAUGUAAUGGCUCUUUAUACAGGCUUUGGGUUUAGGUCUACCCUCACUGAUAUGCAUUGCAAAUAGGACAAUCAAAUCAAAAAUAGAAUUUGAUUGGUCACAUAAACAUGUUUAACAGAUGUUAUUGCGGGUGUAGCUAAAUGCUUGUGUUCUUAGCUCCAACAGUGCAGUAAUAUCUAACGAUACACAAAAAUACACACAAACCUAAAAGUUAUAAUGACUUUUCCCUGUUCACCCACGACUGCGUGGCCAAACACGACUCCAACACCAUCAUUAACCUUUCUGACGACACAACAGUGGUAGGCCUGAUCACCGACAACGAUGAGACGGCCUAUAGGGAGGAGGUCAG